CGUGCCGGCACAAAUCAGUUCCCCGGCGGUUGCUACUAGAAGCUCGCGCGACGCGCAAGUCGCAAGCGAGCGCGCGCGUGGUUGCCUUUUCCCACUCCCCCCGGCACGGACGACGCCACUGGCAGCUUCGCAUACCUGCGUGCGCCGCGCGCAGUCAACACCGGAAGAAUCAAGAAUCCCAGGAGGCGCGCGCGCGCACGAGAGCUCACUCGACGGGGGCGAUGGAUCCCGGCGCCGGCGCCAGCGCCACGCUGCGGAAGCGGGCGUUGUCCAUCGACACGGCGGCCGCGACGGCGAUCGAGUUCGAGAGCAAGGAACCGGCGGGCGGCGGGCGGGAGGGUGAGGGGUUCGGCGCCGAUAAUUCCGUGGGCGAGGAGGAACCGGUGAGCCCGACGGGGCGGCUGUUCCGUGAGCCGCACUUCCGCUGCCACAUCGUGUCCGUGUUCGGCCUCGCCGCGCCGGUCGACCUGCCGGCGCUCCGGGACGGGGUCGCCGCCACGCUCGCCCGCCACCCACGCUUCUGCAGCGUCCAGGUGUUCAACGAGUUCGAAAAGGACGCCAGGCCCAAAUGGGUCCGGACGGCGGUGAACCUGGACGACCACAUCAUCGUCCCGGAGCUGGACCCGGCCGCCACGUCGGCCGACCCGGACAGGGCCCUGGAGGACUACGUGUCGUCGCUGUCGACGCGGCCCAUGGACCACUCCAUCCCGCUGUGGGAGGUCCACGUCCUCGACUUCCCCACCGCCGAGGCCGCCGCCGCCGUCGCGCUCCGCGUGCACCACUCCGUCGGCGACGGCGUCUCCAUGCUCUCCCUCUUCAUGGCCUGCACCCGCAGCGCCGCGGACCCGGGCGCGCUCCCCGCCCUCCCGCCGGCGCGCCGCCCGGGCCCCGUCCACGCGGUGCGGCGGCGGCCGCCGCUCUCCUCGCCCGCGGGCGCCUUCCUCGACGCGCUGGCGGCGCUGGCCGCGUGGGUCGUGGCGCUUCUCGUGCUCGCGUGGCACACCGUGGUGGACGUGGCGCGCUUCGUCGCGACGGCGGCGUCGCUGCUGGGCGACGCGCCCACGGUGCUCAAGGCCCAGGAGGGCACCGAGUUCCGGCCCAAGCGCUUCGUGAACCGCACGCUCAGCCUCGACGACAUCAAGUUCGUCAAGAACGCCAUGAGCUGUACUGUAAAUGAUGUUUUGCUUGGAAUAACCUCCGCGGCGCUUUCACGGUAUUAUUUCCGUAAAACAGGUGAAAGCGACAACAAGAGCCUCACUGUGCGAUCCGCUGUUCUUGUCAACUUACGGCCGACGCCGGGCAUACAGACAUUGGCGAGCAUGAUGGAGUCCGGCAAGGACAACGGCGCGAGGUGGGGAAACAAGAUCGGCUACAUGCUGAUCCCCUUCCACCUGGCUAGGCACGAGGACCCCGUCGAGUACGUCCGGAGGGCGACCAAGGUCGCGCGCAGGAAGAAGAGCUCCAUGGAGUCCGUCUUCACCUUCUGGAGCGGCUACAUGGUCCUCAAGCUUUUCGGUAUCAAGAGCUUGCAACCUGGAUGCGCAUGUGCAGGCAGCAGCCGCGCUCUGCUACGGCAUGUUCGCGCACACCACGCUGUCCUUCUCCAACAUGGUCGGGCCAACCGAGCAGGUGCUCUUCUGCGGCAACCCCAUCGUCUACAUCGCCCCCGGCACCUACGGGCACCCACAUGCCCUGACCAUACAUUACCAGAGUUACAUGAACAAAGUGAAGCUGGUCCUGUCGGUAGAUGAAUCGCAGUUCCCAGACUGCCAUCAACUUCUGGACGACUUCGCCGAGUCCCUCAAGCUCAUCCUCGAGGCGGCUCCGCGGAAACAAGAGGCGGCCCAAGUUGGUACUCGCAGUUGAAGUGUAUAUAAGUUGAAAAGGAUUCUUGUUGAUCUUCAAAAAAAAAAAAGGAUUUUUGUUGUACUGCAGCCAGCCAUGAACCAUGAUCAUUGGCUCAUUGCUCAUCAACGAGCUGAUCUGUCAGAAAUAUUAGCACUGGACAGAAGAAACAUACCACAAACAGUACCUAGCCGAUAUCAAACUGUGCAGAUCUGCUUGAAGUUCUUGCUUAUUUGUGGUUUUUUGCAUUUGAAAUCUUGUCGCUGAUCUGGACAAACUUUCGGCCUUCGGGUGGCUUGAUAGGACACAGCAGACGUUGAGGGCUUCAGGCUUACAGCUUACAUAAUCUUAUCAAAUCUUGUUGCUGGCCUGGACAAACAUUUUGGGUGAUCUUUGAACAGUAUGCAGAAGGCAAUGAUUUGGAAA